UGUACUACCCAUCAGCGAGCCCUAUAUGAGACUAAAAUUCUUGAUCAUAUAAUCAAGUUCCACCACGAUCUGUCUCUUACCGAGGCCGAUCUAGCUGCCUAUCGGCUCCUAUCUUUGGCUGCUAGCCACCAUCUGAUCUUGGAAACUCAGCCUAUUCCGCCGCUACCGACACUGAAACUACCAGAAAACGGCUAUCAAUGCAAACUAUGCAAAUCUCUCUCUCUGAGUCAGGGUAAAUCCCGUAUCCAUCUACGUGAGAGCCAUAGGAUCAAAGGCUAUACAGCUCAGGAUGCAGAAGCUACUAUAUGCCUGAUCCAAGCCUUAGAGGGCUCAGCCUAUCUUUUUCGUGUUACCGAGCCUAGGCUAUCUUUGCCUACUACUCUCACUCGUAAGAGAUCUAGAGAGCUCUCUCUCUCAGACUCGGUCUCUAGCCCAGGCCAGCGGCUAAAGAUAGCUACUCUCUCUGAGCCAACUGGGCCUAGCCAGCUAGCCGGGCUCUCUCAGCCAGCCGGGCCUAGCCAGCCAACUAGGCUCUCUCAGCCAGCCGGGCCUAGCCAGCCAACUAGGCUCUCUCAGCCAGCCGGGCCUAGCCAGCCAACCCAACAAGCUCUCUCUACCCAGUUUUUAGCUAGCCUGGCUAAUCUACGGAGCUCUCUGAAACAAUCUAGGGUAAUCCAACCCCUUGAUGAGACCUACGAGGCUAGGGGCUUUUUCACAGAUAGCCAGUAUCCAGCCUAUCUAGCUGGCCGGGAUGCUGCUGAGCUAGAGACCCUAUUUACCCUACAGAGCCCGGAGCAGAUGAUCUGGCUCUCCGCUAUUAUAUAUCAGCUGAUUUCUCUAGGGAAUAGCUAUAUUCAAACAGCGUCUCCACAGACCCGAGCGGCUCUGAAUUCCUUUAGCCUAGACCCCGCUACCCAGGCUACAUUACGUCCGCUACGGGGUCUACAAAAUAAGGCCUCCAUCAAGAAAUAUAGCCUGAUUUUUCAGGCUUUAAUUCAAUUUUUACUACGUUCUUAUCUCUCUAUCGAUGGCGGCGGCCCUGCAAGCUAUCAGGGUCUUUAUACUCUACAACCGCGGCAGCUAGCUGGCCUAGCAAGCCUAGAUCACUUUUUACAGGCUUUGCCACCUCCAUCCGAGAGCCUAGCUGCCUAUCAGCCAGCUUCCUUCCAGCCUAAUGAUCUAUCUGAUACAGGCUCCGAUACAGGCUCCGAUACAGCCAGUUCCGAUAACGAUACUCUACCGAUACUACCGCAAGCUAGCUUGGAUAAUAAACAGAUCUCUAAGGGUGUAGGCUUAGCCCAAUCUUCUCUAUCUCUCUCCAAGGCUGCCAGCUUCGAAGAUAUAGGAAAUAUGACAAAUCGAUGGUCUUUUCUAUCAGUCUAUCUAGCUGGCCAGCCAUCUGAUUUCUUACUUCAGAAGGCUUUAGCUUCCCCAGCCUGGACGGAAGAGAUAGUAGCCGAAGAUAGGCCUGAUAUAGAGCUCUCCCGGCCUAAGGCUCUAGGCUAUCUAGAGACUACCAGCAACUGGCUAAAAGGCCUUCUAACCCUUACCCAUAUAGCCAGCGGCGCACCGGCUAGAGGUACAGAGAUAAAUCAGGUGAUCUGGCAAAAUACAGCUACCAACCAACGGAAUUUAUUCCUAGAUCCAGUGAACCAUAUCUUUCUGAUCCGGCUAGCCUAUUCGAAGACCUUUAGCCGAAAUGGCCAAGAGAAAGACGCUGUACGGGCCUUACCACAAUCAAUCUCGUGGCUACUUUUAGCCUAUCUGGCCUAUAUUAGGCCAUUUGAAGAGGGCUUGCUGAUCUGGCUGCAUAAGCGGCUGCCUGAGGCCUAUUUUAUACUAUUCUAUGAUUACCGGACAGCUCAGCCGUUCUCUUCUAAGAUACUCUCACAUACACUGAAGAGUAUGAGCUCAGAAUUGAUUGCUCAGCGGAUCAAUAUAAAGGUCUGGCGGCAUCUAAUGCAAGGCUUUAUCCGUUAUGGGCUUGGUCUAGCCGAUCCGCUGGCCGAUUUGGGUACAGAUAGGCUAGAUGUGGAAGGCCUUGGAGCCGAACAGAUGAACCAUUCUCGUGGAACCGGCUUAGCUGUAUAUGGCCGAAAUAUAGCAAGCUUCCAGGGUAUCAGAGCAGAUAUCCAAACAGCUUUGAUUAGCUUUAGUCAACAAUGGCAUACCUAUUUGGGUAUAUCAGCUGAUCAGCUUAUAUUAGGCUCACUGUUCUAUAAUAGGCAAUCUGUGAAGCCCAAGGCCGAAGCCCAAGCCCAGCUAGCCUCUUCUAGUCUUCCAGAGCUUGUUUUACUACCCCUAGAGAGGCCGGUUGUACAAUAUCACUACCCUAUCCGUUUAGGGGCAGUCAGGCCUACCAAACAGCCAGGCACUCUCUCAGAGCCAACUGGGCCUAGCCAGCCAACUGGGCUCUCUCAGCCAACUGGGCUCUCUCAGCCAACUGGGCUCUCUCAGCCAACUGGGCUCUCUCAGCCAACUGGGCUCUCUCAGCCAACUGGGCUCUCUCAGCCAACUGGGCUCUCUCAGCCAGCCGGGCUCUCUCAGCCUGCCGGGCUCUCUCAGCCUGCCGGGCUCUCUCAGCCUACCGGGCUCUCUCAGCCUGCCGGGCUCUCUCAGCCUGCCGGGCUCUCUCAGCCUACCGGGCUCUCUCAGCCUACCGGGCUCUCUCAGCCAGCCGGGCUCUCUCAGCCAGCCGGGCCUAGCCAGCCAACUGGGCUCUAUCAGCCAGAUCUGGAUGCCAGUCAGCGUAUACGCAGCCUAGUAUACUCGCCUUUGCUAGAUAGCAGCUAUAUCGAUAGGGGUACCCUAACGCAGAUGCUUAGGGAAUUCCUUAGUGAUAAUACUGCUGUUUUUCGGAGCUCUGGCCAACAGGAAGCUUUUUAUGCUAUAAUAAAGCAAAUUCCAUAUCUCUAUCUUAUCUUACCAACCGCAUCUGGUAAAACUACCCUAUUCCUCUUUGGGGCUAGUAUAUUGCCUAAUCAGAUAACGAUAUUGAUUAUACCGUUGAUAUCUUUGAAGCUAGAUAUCCUAGCUAAAGCUAAGGCCUUAGGGCUAAGGCCAACGGUAUGGGAGCCUGCUAUCGGCUAUAAGGGUCUCGAUCCGGAAUCUCGGCUGAUUCUUGUCCAAAUCGAGUAUAUUGUAUACCCUAAAUUCUACGAGAUGGCUAGCUAUCUAAUCAAUCAGCAACGGCUAGCUAGGCUAAUAUGGGAUGAAUGCCAUUUAAUCCCACUCUCGCAGAGCUAUAGGCCUAUUAUGAAACGGGUUUGGCAUACCCUAGCUUUGCCGGUUCCAAUGAUCUUUGCCUCGGCUACCUUACCGGGCUAUCUAGAAGCUGAGCUUACAGGGAUGCUAGGCUUGCAAUCUAAGCCAUAUAUUAUCAGAGAGAGCCUAAUUUUGAAGAAUAUAGCCUAUGGGGUGGAGAGUUUACCGGCCUUGCUAAAGCCAGAGAAUUACGCUGGCUAUCUGAUACAGUGGAUGAAGGCUUUUAGGGCUAAUCGGCUUAGCUAUACCGGGAGGAAGACUAUUGUGUUCUGCCGUACAAAGGCUAUAGUUGAUCAGCUAUAUCAGGCCUUAGAGCCUCAGGCAGCUAGAUUCCAUUCUGAUCUAUCUGAGGAAGAGAAAUUAGCCCAAUUAGCCUAUUUCAGAGCCGAGGGUCCAAUUUUAUUGGCUACUAGUGGUAUCGGAGCUGGCUAUGAUUUCCCAGAUGUGGAUCUUGUAAUCCAUUUUAAGCCUGGCCGAUACGAGAUUACUAGUUUUAUACAGGAAUCUGGCCGAGCUGGGAGAUCACCUAAUCUAUCUGCAUGGGCUUAUUGCCUAAUUCCGUCUAGCUCUGGAAGAUAUAUAUCUUUAAAUGGCCCUGCUGAGCAAAUUUAUUUUCAGCAAUAUCUGUAUGAAGAUAUCUGCCGGCGGAGAGUUAUAGCUCGGGUAUUUGAUAGCCAAACCCUAGAGCAUUGUGAGCCUAGCUGGGCUCUAUGCGAUCUCUGUGCUAGCCGAUUUGCUACCCUGACUAGCCAAUCCCAAAGGGACAGGCUAUAA